AUGGAUGUCCCAAUCAUGUCAGAAUUGUAUCCGACUAUUGCGCAGUGCGCCGUCGUGGCGACAGCCUUCAAGGUCCUGCUGUUUCCCGCAUACAAGUCAACCGAUUUCGAAGUCCACCGCAACUGGCUCGCUCUGACCCACUCGCUCUCCAUCAAAGAAUGGUACUACGAAAAAACCUCAGAAUGGACUCUCGACUAUCCACCAUUCUUUGCGUACUUUGAAUGGCUCAUGUCCCAAGCUGCCGCUUACGUCGAACCUGCCUUGCUGAAUGUGAAGGACCUCAACUACGACAGCUGGCAGACCAUUUACUUCCAGCGAGCAACUGUUAUUCUUACUGAAUUGGUCCUGGUCUAUGCUUUGCAUCUCUACGUCAAGACUUCAAAGUCCAAGCUGACAGCACAUGCUGCUGCAUUGUCCAUACUCCUUUCGCCUGGUCUGCUGAUCAUUGAUCACAUUCACUUCCAGUACAAUGGCUUCCUUUAUGGUGUCCUCGUGCUGUCCAUGGUACUAGCACGCAGCAAAUCGACAAUACUCUGGUCUGGUAUUCUGUUUGCAGCGCUCUUGUGCCUCAAGCACAUCUACCUGUAUCUAGCGCCGGCCUACUUUGUCUUCCUUCUUCGCGCAUACUGUCUGGGCGAACGGCGAAGCUUUCCGUACAUCUCUGUACGCUUUCUCAACUGCGUCAAGCUGGGCAUAGGUAUCACCGCAGUCUUCGCCAGUGCCUUCGGCCCCUUUGCACUGUGGGGCCAACUCGAACAAGUAGUUAGACGCUUGUUUCCGUUCUCCCGUGGACUUUGCCACGCCUAUUGGGCCCCAAAUAUUUGGGCAAUGUAUUCCUUCACUGAUAGAGUACUCAUCUAUCUGGCCCCUCGUCUUGGUCUGACCGUCAACCAGGACGCGGUGAACAGCGUCACGAGAGGACUUGUCGGCGACUCCUCUUUCGCUGUGCUUCCCGACAUCGUGCCCCUUACAUGCUUCCUCCUCACUCUAGGCGCACAGAUUCCUGUUCUUCUCCGCCUCCUAUACAAGCCAACAUGGGAGACAUUUGUUGGCGCGGUCACUCUCUGCGGCUAUGCCUCCUUCCUCUUCGGUUGGCACGUUCACGAGAAAGCAAUCUUGCUUGUCAUCAUACCGUUUAGCUUGGUUGCGCUCCGGGAUCGUCGGUACUUUGGUGCUUUCCGACCUCUGGCGGUCGCCGGCCACGUCUCGCUAUUUCCACUUUUGUUCACAGCAGCCGAGUUUCCCAUCAAGACAGUUUAUACCAUUUUCUGGCUUGUACUGUUCCUGUUAACCUUUGACAGGCUUGCGCCAGCAUCAUCCGAACGUCGCCUCUUCCUGCUUGACCGCUUCUCUAUCGUCUACAUUGCUCUGUCUGUUCCUCUGAUUGCGUACUGCUCGGUUUUCCACAGUAUCAUGUUCGGCUCACGUUACGAGUUCCUCCCCCUUAUGUUUAUAAGCUCAUACUCGGCUGUUGGUGUAGUCAGCAGCUGGCUAGGGUUUCUGGUAGUCUACUUCGAUACAUGA